UCCACCUGGCUGAAAUGAGCCCAGAAUGGCAGUGUGAAUAGCCCGCAAAGCCAUCUGAACUUGAAUAGAAAUUCCUGAGUUUUGGCUCAAAAAGUAUCCAUCCUGACAAAUUCCCAGCUAAUUACUGCCAAAUUAUGUCACCCCAAAAGAAGCCGAGACCAGACACAUUUUUCACGAGAUUAUUCUAGCAAACACUGUGCAAAUCCCCUCGGUGACAAUCAAAAUCGCUGGCAAAUAAACUAAAAUCAAGCUAAAAUAAUACAAAAAAAAAAUAAGAAUACAGCAACAAAUACCAGCAACUAAUCUAUGCUAAUAAAUUGUCAACCAAAAUAAUUUCAACAAUAACAAAAAAAAGGAGAACACACAGACAAAGAUGAAAAAGUUUUUAGUCGAAAUUCUGAAAUAGUUUGGGCCGUUUCCUGCUUAUGGGGCCGCUAAGAAUUCCAGAGGCAGUUUUAAAGUCGGAACUUCUCGGAGAAAACAAAAUCUACUAUAACUAGGUCCUCCAACCACAGAGACACUGCCGCCUGCACAAACGGAUGGUCAAUCCGCAUGAGCUUUUGAAUGAUUUUGCAGCCAUCAAGGGAGCAGGAACCGGCGGAUGUGCCCAAAAAAAUACUGGAAGAUCGGCAAAUCAUGCAGCUGGUUUCUACGAAACGGGAGGUUCAAUGCCAGGCACGGGAACGGGAGCAGAAACCAAACCCAAGGCUUCCUCCGACAAGGGAUGUGAUGUCAACACAAAGUGCGAUAUAAAGUCGGUAAUCACGCCCGGUGAUCCCAAGCAGAAGUCCUCCAUGAUAGCCAUGAAGGCUGCCCAGGAUGCCAAGGCGGCCAGUGAGGCACAAUCGGCGGCUGGCCAGGCGGCAGCCCAUCAUAUCAAACUGGAGCUGGCGGAGAAGGCCUUCCAGUCGGCCAAGGCCGCCGAGGCUGCCCUGAUGGGCAAACAGAUGAUGGUCGAUCAGCUGGAGCAGGAGGUCCAGGAGGCGGAUGCCGUCGUGGAGGAGGAGACCAACUCCAUCCACCACACGGAGGCCAAUAUGAAUGCCGCCGUGGAUGCGGUGAAGGUGGCCACCCAGCAGUUCGAGACCAUCAGUGAGCUGCAGAAGACCGCCAAGGAGGUUCUGGCCAAUAUCCAGGCGGUGGCCCUGGGAACGCAGCAGGAAAUGGCCGCCAAGACGCAGCUCCUCGAGGCCGCUCGUAACCGGAUGGGCCUGCUCCAGAAACAACUGCUGAGUGCCCACGACGACUACGAGAAGACCAAGCAGGCGGCCUACAAGGCAGCCUGUGCCGCCGUAGAAGCCAAACAGAGGGCCGGACCUGCAUUCUCCUCAUAUUAUAUUUUUUAAGAUUUCAAUACCUCAAUUGCGUUUUUAAAUGAUACUUUUGUUCUUAUACCUUCUGAAAAUAUUUUCAGACUACUAAAGAAACGUUUUAAUGAUCUUAACUCGAGACAUCUUCAAUAUA